AUGAUCCUCUCCGAUCCCGACAGACAUAAUAUAGCACAGGUACCCAGAGACAAUCCCCCUUCCUACGAUUAUGCUAUCGACGCCUCCAAUUAUCCUAGUGACAAGCCUCGGCCAAAGAUAUACACCGGAAUCGACGAGAGCGAGCCCAUGAUACCCUACAACUACUCAGGACCUUCCUGCAAUACCCAGCCCACGUUCACCCCGACUCCGACGGUCUUUUACUACACCAACCCAGUAACGGGCGAGAGGAUCACGUCGUUCUUGCCACCAUCCCACCCAGAGAUGAUCUGCCUGCAGGCUGGGGAGCAUGUUCCGGAGACCAAGUAUGGGAUUCUGGGCAUUCUUGCUGCAGUCUUCUGGUUCCCUCUAGGCAUUGGCCUCUGUCUCCUGGACAAACGCGUCCGAUGCAGUCGAUGUGGUGUCCUCAUCGACGACGGUAUCUGUGGAUAACCCACAGAAACCCCCGUUUCACUAUUGUCCACGCAGACUGGACCUUUCGACCUUCAUUGCACAUACUGUCUUACUAUUAUGAACUAGUUUAUUUUUGAACGACCCCGUCACGACCCCCUGCAUGUAUUGUACCAUUUUUAUGACCCCACUAUUAUACCA